CACGCGGUGUUAAUGCAAAAGAGAUACAAAACUAGAUUUAAAAUCAAAGUUAAAAGAAGAAGAAGAAGAAGAAGAGGAAGAAGAAGAAGUCGUCAGGCAUGGCGUAUAGUUUACCUCGUAAAGGAAUCCUCCAGAGCGAAGCUCUCUUGAAGUAUAUCUAUGAAAAAAGUGUAUAUCCAAGAGAGCACGAGGAACUCAAGAAUUUACGAAAAGCUACAGAGAACAAAUAUGGAAACCUGAGCUUAAUGUCAGUACCAGCUGAUGAAGGGCAGUUCCUAUCAAUGCUUGUGAAGAUGAUGAACGCGAAAAGGACAAUAGAGAUUGGUGUUUUUACUGGCUAUUCUCUUCUUUCAACUGCUCUUGCCUUGCCUCAUGACGGCCGAAUAACAGCAAUAGACAUUGAUCAAGAAGCUUAUGAAUUUGGAUUACCAUUCAUUCGCAAGGCAGGCGUUGAGCACAAAAUCAAUUUCAUUCACUCUAAUGCUAUUUCAGUAUUAAGUGAAAUGUUAAACAAUGAACAGGAGAAAGAAGAAUUUGACAUGGCAUUUGUAGAUGCUGAUAAGCACAAUUACAAAAAUUACCAUGAGCAAUUGCUGAAAUUAGUUAAGAUUGGAGGAAUAAUUGCUUACGAUAACACCUUAUGGUAUGGAUUUGUUGCUCAAGAAGAAAAUGCAGUUCCAGAGCCUUUCAGGGAUACAAGAAAGUGUAUACUGGAGAUGAACGACUACCUAUCUCAGGAUCAACGUGUAGAGAUCUCACAAGUUUCAAUUGGUGAUGGUGUUACUUUAUGUAGGCGUCUAUAUUGAAAAUUUACUACCAUGUUGCAUUGCUAUUUAGAUUUUGUUUGUUGGAGAUGAGAUGAUAGAUGGUGUUUUAUUAUUUUCAUCCCUAAAAUAAAAUUAUAAUACUUGCAUUGUUUUUACUGCCAA